GUAAAAAUUACUAUUAUUUUGUGACAUUACAUAUUAACUACUCCUAACUUCAUACCAGUCUCAAUUCAAGUUAAUAUACAAUUUAUUAAUAAUUAUUUGCGAUAAAAACCAAAAUAAUAAUAAUUUGUUAGGUGACAAAUCCUCUUGACAAAAAUUUGAAUGAAAAAAUCCAAUGUAAAACCAAUUAGGGAUUUAAAAAUGAACCUCGAUAACAGAUGAUAUCUACCUUAUGAAAUACAAAUCCAUUUUUCAAAAUUGUUUAAGAAAAAUUUCAAGUUCUUCGAAUUUCAAUUCUAGUCACAAAAAUCUAGUUACAGUAAGUAGAUAUUUAUGUAAACGCCGUAACUUCACAAUGGCCACUUCAGUUCCAAAAUUCGAAAUACUACCGUCGCCGAUUAAAAGCGAAAGUGACAAAAAGGAAUACAGGGUUAUAAAGUUAGAGAACGAAUUAAUAGCAUGUCUGAUAUCAGACGAAACUCCUUUAACCGAGUCAGACUUAGAAGGGGACGAAUUCCUUACAUCAGAUUCUGAAUCAGAAUCCAGCCAGGCUUCUGAAGCAGGAUCAGAGACUGAUAAAAGUAGCGAAAGCAUGGAUACUUCCUCGCAAUGUGAUGAAACUGGUGAGAGAAAUAUCCAAAAAAUGGCAGCGGCUGCUUUGUGCAUCGGUGUAGGUAGUUUUAGUGAUCCACGUGAAGUACCUGGGAUGGCUCAUUUCUUGGAACAUAUGGUUUUUAUGGGCAGUGAAAAGUAUCCGGCUGAAAAUGAUUUUGAUUCAUUUAUUAAGAAAGGCGGUGGUAACAGCAAUGCCUCUACCGAUGCAGAACGAACAUGUUUCUACUUCGAAUGCCUCGAGAAGCACCUAGCCGAAGCACUAGAUAAAUUUUCGCAAUUCUUCAUAGCACCUUUGAUGAAAAAAGGCGCAAUGACUCGCGAAAGGGAAGCCAUUGAUUCGGAAUUCCAAAUGGCGCUGCCGUCAGAUUCGUCUAGAAAGGAACAACUGUUAUUUAGCUUAGCGAAACCCAAUUCUCCAGUAAAUUCAUUCAGUUGGGGGAAUUUGAAGACUUUAAAAGAUAAUAUCAGCGACGAAAAAUUGUACGAUGGGGUGCAUCAGUUCAGGAAACGUCACUAUUCCGCUCAUAGGAUGACCUUAGCCAUACAAGCCAGACUACCGUUGGAUACUCUACAAAAUUUGGUGCUGGAAUGCUUUUCGUCCGUGACCAAUAACAGGAUGAAAAAAGACGAUUUCAGUCCAUAUGCCGAUGGAAUCUUCGACACCCCCGGUUUCAAUAAGAUCUACUACAUCAAACCUAUCAAGGAAAUGAUCAAAUUGGAUUUGACUUGGAGUUUGCCUUCGUUGUUACACAAGUAUCGCAGCAAACCAAUGCAGUACGUGUCUUAUUUGUUGGGAGACGAAGGAAAAGGUAGUUUAUUAUCCUUUCUGAAAAGGCGCAUGUGGGCGAUUUCCGCUCAAGCCGGCAACGAAGAGUCCGGCAGCGAACACAAUACGAUGUUCGCUUUAUUCAACAUGUCCAUAACACUCACCGAAGAAGGUCUGAAGCAUUUAAACGAGGUCAUCGAGGCUGUUUUUUCCUACAUUAGCUUAAUCAGAAAAGUCGGUCCGCAAAGAAGGAUAUUCGACGAAAUCAAGUUGAUCAGCAACACUUCUUUUAGAUUUGCUACUGAAGAUACGCCCGUCAAUAAUGUAGAAAACUUGUGCGAAUCGAUGCACCUCUACCCUCCAGAAGAUUACAUGGCAGGUUCUGAGUUGUAUUAUGAUUUCGAUCCGAAAGCUAUAACGAUGGUGGUAGAUCAUUUAACACCCAGCAAAUUGAAUGUAAUGAUCACCACCAAAGAUCCACCGGACGGCAUUAAAUUCGAAAUGGUCGAAAAGUGGUUCGGAACCCGCUACGUAGACGUCGCCAUUACGGAACCUGUUAGGAAUAAAUGGCAGUACGUGCAGGGUUAUUCAGAACUUCAAAUACCACCUCAGAACCAGUAUCUGACAGAUAAUUUUUCUAUACUACCAGAGCUUGCUAAGAAUCCUGAUUAUCCCACUAAGUUAUUGGAGAAUGCUGGCUGCGAGGUCUGGUUUAGGAAGGAUCAAAAGUUUAAAUUACCGAUGGCGAUGUAUUAUUUCUAUUUGGUGACCGGUGAUAGCACUAAAUCUGCUAAAAAUUACGUAUUACUCGAUAUGUAUGUGAAUUUACUUAGUUUUUCUAUAGCCGAAGAAGCUUAUCCAGCCACUAUAGCGAAUAUAGUGCACAGUUUUACUACUAUGGAAAAAGGGAUAGUAGUUAGAACGUGGGGAUUCAACGAGAAGGUUCCUAAAUUGAUAGAUCUUAUCGCUAAAUACAUUAAGAAUCUAAAUGAUCAUAUAAACGAAGAUAUGUUUAAGGCCGUUAAAGAAACAGUUCAAAAAUACUAUUACAACAAACUUUUAAAACCUUCCGGUUUAGCGAAAGAUUUACGAUUGAAACUACUGAUUAAUAAUUACUGGACUCCAGUGGAUCGAUACUCUGAGCUACUGAAUUUAUCUUAUGAUGAUAUGGUUAAAUUUAUACAGAACUACAAGAAAGGAUUGUACGUCAAAGCUUUGGUACAAGGAAACGUGUUACCGGAAGUAGCUGUUAAUACAGUUAAUAAGUUUGUUGACGAUUUAGAUUAUAUACCGCUAUCUAAAGAGCAGUAUCCAGCUUUUCUGGUAUCCCAAAUACCGUUAGGAGAAAAAUGUUUACUAGUAGAAUCGUUUAAUAAAAACGAUUCAAACUCAAUUACAACCAACUACCAUCAAAUCGGGCAGUUCUCUCUAAAAGACACCGCUUUAACCGACAUAAUGAUGCAAAUAAUUGAAGAACCGUUAUUCGACAUCCUCAGAACCAAAGAACAACUAGGCUACCACGUUUACUGCACCGCUAGAGACACCUACGGCAUCUUAGGCUUCUCUAUAACAGUUGUAACACAAGUUAACAAAUUUUCGACGCAGCAUUUAGAUUCCAGGAUAAAUGCUUUCUUGAAAUACUCUCAAAAGUUGUUGAAAGAAAUGAAGCAGGAUAGCUGGGAACAGAUCAAAGAAGAUUUGAUCAAAACGAAGGAGAUCAGUGAUGUUUAUCUGAAAGAAGAAGUCGAUAGGAAUUGGAAUGAGAUCGUUAACGAUGAUUACAUGUUUGAUAGAAUCAAACAAGAGAUAGAAACGAUUAAAAACGUGACUCUAGAGGAAUUAAAGACUUGGUGGGAUAGACAUAAUCAGUUCGGUACGCAGGAGAAUUACAGGAAGAUCAGUAUACAGGUGGUGGGGAACUGUUUGGAUAAGAAAAGUAAAGAAUCGAGAAGCGGCGAAGAAUUAAUCGGUAAUCCUGUUAAAUUGAAGAUAUUGAGCGAAACGAAUAAGGACGGGGAGAAUGCGGAUUAUUUUAUUAAAGAUGUAGAUAAUUUUAGAUGGAAAUUGCUAUUGUAUCCCGUAAGGCCUAUGAAAUAGGAUAUAUAUGUGAUUUUUUUAAGGGAAUAAAAAUGUAAUUUGUACAGUUUGA